AUGGCAAGCACAGCAGGUGGAGACGGCAAAGAACCCAUAAAUGAGCAAGUAGUCGCAAACACCUAUGCGAACAUGCGCACCGAAAUGAACCAGCUCUACACCAAGAUCACGGAGCUGGAGAUGGAAGUGAGUGAGCACUCUCUUGUGGUUGGUGCAAUCGAGCCUCUGGACCCCACGAGGCGUUGCUACAGAAUGAUCGGUGGAGUCUUGGUGGAGAGGACGAUCAAGGAGGUGCUGCCCGCGGUGCACCGCAACAAGGAGGGCCUCGAGGAGGUGGUCUCCCGCAUGAAGGAGGCGCUGGAGAAGAAAAAGAAGGAGAUCACCGAGUUCGAGCUCAAGUACAAGAUCAGGAUCCCGAAGGGCGACGGCAAUGCUGAGGAAGAUGUCACCAUGAAGGAAGCCUCUGCACAGGGUGUUCUUGUUGGCCCCGCAGGUGGCCAGUAGAGCGUAGUGGCAGAAGAGGGAGACUUGCAUUGUUCAAAA